GCGAGAUUCUGCGCGUUCGCUACCAGAGCGCAGACGGGUCGAAUAUGGCAUCGAAUUGUAAAUACUUCGACGAAGACUCCGUCUACCGCAUCACUCGCAAGGGACGUAUUGAGUUCGGCCUGGUGCUUGAGAACGCCGAGUACGUUACGAGCGAGGACGAGGACGAAGUCGCGGCCAACGUGCCGCAAUGGGACCGCAUGAAAAGGGGCCACGUACGGGUCGCAUGGCACCCCAAGGGUCGCGAGGAAGUGGUCUCCGAAAAGAAGGUGAAACUGCACGAUCGCUCUCUCAUGCCUGGCGACGUCGUCAGGAAAGUGGUGAAGGGUAAGGACACCCAGUUAGGUUACUGCCGAAACACGGAGGUGCUAGCGACCAUCCAGGUCUUGGGAACCAACUGCGUGAUAAACAACGUGAACAGCGUCGACCUAGUUCCACUGGAGAGGUUUAGCCAAGAUGUUGCCAUAUAUCUCGAUUCCUGGGUCGGCAUGGUGCAAAGCUUCAAGACGGAGCUGACAGUCCGAUUUCCCGACGGUUCGACAUGCAUACUUCAAGAAGACGAUGCACUCGACUUGGAAGACGUUCUAGAUCGGAGACUGCCGUCAUCUGAAUUCAAGGAGGAAGGCUUCUACAAGGGCCAAAGGCUGUGUGGCCCAAUGCGGUGCUUCGAAGCGGCCCGCUGGCUCAACUGCACAAAGGAGACCAGUGCCCUGCUGAGUCGUCCGCACAAGCACGUCCAGGUUACCGUGGACGAUGUGAAGGUGGUGUACUUAUUUGUGCAAGGUGUGUGCAAGGCUUACCAGGACACAUCCAACGGGAACAACCAGAACGACGAGCUCAUCAAGUAUGUCAUCGAAGGAGAGGCACUGGACAGGGUGAAGAUGAUCAACAUAUUCGAGCGGUGCGCGCUGCAGAUUGGCGACCGUAAUUACUACACCCUCAAGGCCACCGACAACAUUGUUACUCUAGACGAGUGGAAACGGCUGUGCGCCUCCAAGUACUCCCCACCUGUGCACAACGCCGAAUGUCCGCAGGCUCCCGAGAACGAGGGCGUGCGGCAGCAACCGGCAGCCGUAGUGGCCAGUCACGGCGACACCCGCGACUGUGAGAACAACCGCGACUUCCAGGCGUGUCAGGACGGCACUGACUCGGACUAUGAGGAUGUCGAGGAGGACGAGGCGAGCGGGUCCGACUCGGUCUCGGUGACGAGCGGUUCGACGGCGUCCUCCAUGGACCACCACCACAGGCGGACUCCCGCAUUCCGGCGAGGCAAGCACGGCCCGUCGCUGGCGACCAAGCUGCUCAAAAAGCGCAAGCUUCGCCGGACACGCAAGCGUCAGCCCGUCGAGCAACCCUCCAUGAAGCCCGGGGACGUACUGGUCACCGAGACCCUGGCCACUUACACCACUGCGCAGGUUGUCUGGCAGGAUGGCAGCGUAGAAAGUGGUAUCCCCUCUGCAGACCUCUACCCCAUCCACCACUUGGAUGGCCACGAAUUCUUUCCCGGUGACUUUGUUGUAGAAAACACAGACACCCCUCCGGCACAUGAGUACGCAGUGGUCAAGAAGGUGGACCACUCCGGAAGGACGGCGGUGGUGACCAAGUUCAAGACCUACAUGGCCGGCGCUGACCCCCACCCCGAAGAACUUGGUGUCGAGGAGGUGAGCGUCUAUGACAUCAAGGACCACCCAGAUUUCAAGUACAGGCCGGCCUCGUGCGUCAUCAGGGUGGCCAACUUUGAGUCGGAAGGGCGAUGCCCCGCGCAGGACAAGGAGUCCGAGUCGACGGCGGGCCAGGUGGUGGACGUCCACCCGGCAGGCAAGGUGGAGGUGCAGUGGGUGAGCGGCAAGACGUCACUGUGCUACCCACAGGAGCUGUACCGCAUCGGCGAGUACGACUCAGACGACCUCUGGGACGACGGGGACGAGGAGGCUGACGACGACGAGUCCUGCUCGGGCGACGAAAGCUGGGAGACCCAGUCGGAGAAGUCGCUCGUCGGAGACCUGAUGUCCCCGGAAGACCCAAACGCACCGUCAGAGCUCAUCGAACCGCCGCCCAUCGACGGCGACGCAACUAAGGACGACAUCACCGCAGUGGUGGAUGCGGCCACAGCCGCAGCGGAGGCUGCGGUGGACCCUUCGGACCCGCAGAGCCUCCGCGCCAAGAUGCAGGGGCAGAUUGAACUCCUGCGGCUCAGCAUGGCUCGGCUAGAAGAAACGUUCACACAGAAUCCCGCGCAGCAGUCGUGUUCAGUCAUCCGUAGGCUUCUUGAGUUGUACAGGCAUUGCAAGCACUUUGACCAGCUGCUAGGAACCAACUACUUCCAGCAACGGCACCUGCACGUGCUCGUGGAGCGCAUCCGGCAGCGGGGCCGCAUCAACAGCCCCCAGCACGUGUCCGAGCAGAUCACGCGACUCUUCUCGGCUUCCCUGGACGCCGCCCUGCACGACGAGCUCGGCACGCCCGACAUCCCCGAGGAGAACAUCAUCAACGAGCAGCUGCAGGCGUCGGAAGGGGCGCAGUCGCCGCCGCCGACACAGCCAUCCAAGGAAGACACGGGCACCCAGCACCUUACGAACCCGCAGCCACGGAAGCCCACGAGCGUCAGCUGCCGACUGGAAGGCAGUGGGGGAGGCUCGCUGGAGCCGCGCAACAUCUGCCAGCAGCUGUGCGCCAUACUCAAGGCGAGACUGCUACGAGCACACGAGGACGUCCAGGUUCGGUUUGGCAUGACGCCCGCACAAGUUGAGAUCGCAGCCAGCGACGCUGCCGCCGAGCCGGAUGUGGAUGUCGCGAAGGUGGACGAGGCUCUGGAAGCCGUAGCCACUGUCGAAGCCGUAGUGAAAGAAUCCGAGGAAAGCCUCUCGAGAGUCGUCAGCGAAGCCGCUGGCGAGCAGGACAGCAAAGGACAAGGAGUGUUCUCAAUGAUGGAAAUGGUGCCUGACUGUCACAAGUACAAGCUUUCAAUCUUGCAGCCAAACGACCCCAAGCUCUUCUUCAAAGUUGUCAGAAAAGAGAUCAAGCUUCUCACAUCCUCCCUACCUGAUGGCAUUCACGUAAAGGCCUUUGAGGAUCGUAUGGACCUGUACUCGGUGCUGAUCAAGGGUCCUCGGCGGACGCCCUACGAGGACGGCCUGUUCCUCUUCGACUUCCAAUUGCCGGCCGAGUACCCGCAGUCGCCGCCGCAUUGCCACUACGUGUCGUACUGCAGCGACCGGCUCAACCCGAAUCUCUACGAGGGCGGCAAAGUCUGCGUCAGCCUUCUGGGCACGUGGAGCGGCAAGGGUUCUGAAAUGUGGUCGGCAGAAACCUCAAGCCUCCUACAGGUGCUCGUUUCCAUACAGGGUCUCAUCCUAGUCUCGGAGCCGUACUACAACGAGGCCGGCUACGAGCAGCAGAGGGGUUGCCAGCAGGCAUCCGAGAACAGCCGCAUGUACAACGAGAUGGUUGUGCUCAAGCUGGUGCAGUCCAUGGGACGCAUGAUCCAGAACCCUCCCGAGGUCUUCAAGGAGGAGAUCGAGCAGCACUUCAGGGACAACGCAGAUAGGUUUGUCAAUCGACUGGAGGGCUGGCUCAGGCUGUCCGAUGCCUGGCACACGAGCUGCCCGGGAUCCCCGGCCACUCCUGAAACGCUGAAGGCCUUUGCCGAACAAGGUGACUAUGGCGUGGCCGGCAGCAGCGCAUUCCCCGACUUCCCUCUGCUACCGGCUUCCCGGGGCUUCUGCCUGACCCUGCGCAAGGCGCUGUCCGGUUUCAAAGAGAUCCUCAGGGCCCAAGGCCUUGGCUGUCCAGCUGAGAUCAGCCAGGGCCAGAGCCAGUAGCCAAGACUAGCCCUUCUUCGCCUCUUUUUUAAUUUUUUUUUUCUUCGAGGGGCUAGCUUGUGUAAAUUGUAAAUUUGAGCACUGUUGGAAAUUGUUCUUUCGCAAGAUCGUGAGAGAAAGCAACUGCUGAACAACGUUAUGAACAUGGCACCGUCGCCGCCACCACCACCACCCCUAUGACGGAUGGGACUCUUUCCUUCUCCUCUUUUUUAAACAUUUCCUAGCACCUUUUCAAAUUUCUUUUUUUUUUCUAGAAAGGACUAGCUCUCUCACUCUUUGCCAUUCUGUCUACAAGCACGCUAACUACGAAGCGCAUUCUCGCGCAUGCUUUAGCGACGUUUCUUCCCUCCACGCACCGCCGCCGCCUCUUAAUGCGCUUUUUCACACGCCCACCACGUUGGUGGCGCCUCGUCACACUUUUUUCUAGCACGACCAGUUCCUUCCUUCGCUCGCUCGACUGUCCGCAGUAGACAAGCUUUCUAGAAGAAUACACAGCCGCCACUCCCAGUUCCUCCUUUGACGGUUAUAGCGUCGCUAUGAAUGUUAACCUCCCGUCGCUCGAUCGACUCAGCCGAUCGCUCGCAGGUUGGAGGUUCAGCUAGUCUUAGAUAAGUUUUUUUUUCUCGGGUCAACGGUUAGCCCCGGAGGUACUCGCACCUAUGCCUAUCCCCAGCUCCUCUAUCCUUCUUUUCUUUCUUUUUUUCUUUAAACCUGAGCACACUUGCACGAAGUUGUGCUUUCGGAUGUACCAUUACCAUGCAUGCCCCGACUCGGUGAGGUAUUGUCUACGUAGUCACAACCCAGGAAGGUCUUUCUUUCUUUUCUCAGAGGUGCGCUGAGGUUAGGCAUGAGAGUGUCUGGGGAACACUUGAAGUAAAUUGUUGGCCAGUUGCGAGACCACCACGUUGUUCCGGCUUGGGAGAGUGCUGCUUAUUUCGCAAAAUGUCGUGUGGAGGCAGCGAGUCGUCAAGAAUGCACCAACGGAGAAGACGUGUGUCGUGUGGUGACAUCCGCGGUCGAAGAACGAACAGCCGAAUGUGGAACUUUUGGGAAGCGAAGAACAUUUUUUUUUUCUUUUUGAGUUGAGAGAGGAGAAGUCCCUGUGGAACAGUGUUCGAAGGGAACAAACGACUGCGGCGGCGGCAACAGCACCAAUCGCAGCGGCGGCCACCUGUGCAAUAGUGGCACUUGCCGGAGCUGCGGAAAAAAAAAGGCUUGUCCAUUUGUGUCGGUUAAGUUAUGAAACUUAGAAAUAUUAAAAUUCCUCAAAUUGAUAAA